AUGUCAGACGCUCGGCCACCGCGGUCGCAGAAGGUGAAACAUCCCGAGCGUGUUUACGGCGACUGGAAGGAGUACCGCUCUUCAUCUGGCAAAGUCUACUACUGGAACCACAGGACUUCUGUUAACACUUGGGAGAAGCCAAAAGAUUGGAACGAUGAGCGCGCUAAAGUCGUCAAGCUUGAUAGAAAUGGGCACCGAUCUAGUCAUCAGGUCAACGGCCAUUCGAGAAGCCAUCAUCACUCAAGGCCGAAGCCCGAGCUCCCGCCAAACGAUGAAAACGUCAAGAAGCUUAUGGAGAGCAUAAAAAGCACCAACAGCUCAAAUGCGAACACAACGCCCAUGCACCCCAAAAAGCGAUGGAGAAAAGUCGAAGAUCCAUCUGAUUCUGCGACGCCCUCUCAAAAGCCGCGCAUCUCCGAGAGCAAUCACCAGCGUCCUCCGCCGACGGUCGAGAAAACGCGCGAUGAAAUCUUUGAGGAGAAGUACGGUCACCUCUUCAGAAGCCCCCAUGAAAGUAGGGUGAAGCAGUUUCGAGACAACACUCCAGAGCUACACUUUGAAACGGCGCCAUUUGAAACCUUGAGACCGUUUUAUGAUACGAACUUGGUCGCUGCUGAUGUUAGGGCGCUUCUCCAAGAGCAAAACACGAAGCAGGUUUUGGAAAUGUUGCCGAAGAAAAAUGGGCAAACGCGCCAAUUGGCUGUUUUGUCCACUAGUAUUAAACAUCAACGAGCAAGGGCAGGAAAUCUUGAAGGUGAGGGCUGGCGUGGAUACUCAACAGACGUGUGCGUGCCGAUUUCAAAGCUGGAUGAGAUGAUCAAAGCAGCUGAAGAAAUCAUGAAGGGCACCUAUGCGGAAGGGAUUUUCGCAUUUUUGGGUCACGUGGGAGACGGAAACUUUCAUAUCUUUAUCCCUGUCAAUGACGACACCUUCGCUGAGCUCAAAGAAAUCAGUCAUAAAGUUGGCAUGGUAGCACUUGAACUAGGAGGAACGUGCACUGGCGAACACGGAGUCGGCCUAGGGAAGCAACAGCUCAUGGCGUUAGAAAGAGGCCCCGUUGCAAUAAAUUUGAUGAAAACGAUCAAGAAUUCUAUCGACAAAAAGUACAUAAUGAACCCUGGAAAAGUCAUUCCUUUUUAA